UGCGUUGAAAAUGCAGUCAAUAAAGGCUUUCAAUAAAUGUUUGCUUUGUUUUCAAUCCAAUAAUUAUCUAUUAAUCCAUAAAAUUCAAGUGAAUAUGACUGCAAACACAGCUCACAAACGGUGUCUAAACUCAUGGCUAUUUGACACUCAACUCAAGCCAUUCACCAGUUGUGGUGAAUAUGAACGAUAUGACAGUAAAGUAUCACCAAAUGGUUUGGCCAUCAGAUGCCUGUCGACAAAGGAAUCUGCGAAAACAGAUCCAAAGACACCGCAAACAAACCCAUUGACAGAGGAGUCCAUCUCAGACGAGAGGAAGGGAUCGGAUGUGAAGAUCGCCGGAAUCGUUGGCAUUCAUCAGUGGGACAUGAAGAAGAGGGUCCGCGUGAAGGAGUGGAUCAGUGUCUUCCACUUCCCAUACAUCGCACACUUGAGAACUGUGCAGAGGUUGAAGAUAUUGCUGACCAUCAUGUGUGGUGUCUUAAUACCCGUCAGUUACACGUUAUAUGCCUUUGAUAUGAGAUCUCUGGAGGCGUGUCACGUGUCGACCGCUUUG